AUGCUCACUCCAACAACUUCCCCUAAGACACCAUUAUGGCUGGAUUGCGAUCCUGGUCACGAUGACGUAUUUGCCAUUCUUUUAGCUGCAUAUCACCCUGGAUUUGAUUUGUUGGGAAUUUCUACAGUCUUUGGCAAUGCACCGUUAGAGUGCACUACACGAAACGCAGCUUCUGUUCUUACGGCAAUCGGCAAACACAAUGAAAUUCCACUUUACCCGGGCGCUUCGAAGGCAAUGGCCCGCCCGACAAUGCACCCACCAACGGGAAUCCAUGGGAAGACCGGCCUUGAUGGUACAGAGCUUUUGCCAAAUCCUCGAAGCAGUCCUCGUUGGGAAGAAGACGCCGUUGAAGCAAUGGCUACCGCUUUACUGGCUCAGCCUCCUGGAACAGCUUUUUUGGUAGCUACAGGGUCCUUGACCAAUGUUGCCAUUCUGUUCCGUGACUAUCCCCAUGUGAUUAGUCACAUUAAAGGUUUUAGUAUGAUGGGAUGUGCUUUUGGUGGAUUUACCGAUAUAUCUCUUGGCUCCGUGCUCGACCCAAUGCGGAUUGGGAAUUAUAGUCAAUGGGCUGAAUUCAACAUCCUCGCAGAUCCCGAGGCUGCGGCCCUCAUAUUCAACAACAAGGAUCUGGCCGCCAAAACAACGGUUAUUCCACUCGACCUCACACAUCAAGUCCUCGCAACAAAGGAGGUGAGAGAUCGUCUGCUAUAUGGAGUUGGUGGUAACAGCUCUGGAUCGGGAAAGUCCACAUUGCGCCAGAUGCUUGUCGAGCUACUGAUGUUCUUCGCCGACACAUACGCUGAUGUCUAUCAAAUUACCGCGGGUCCGCCACUUCAUGAUCCCCUUGCUGUGGCAGUCGCAUUGAUUGGUACUGAGUAUCAGAUUGACUUUCACGAAUUUACUGAGGCUUCUGAUUCCAAACAAAAGGAGCGUUUCUCGAUUUCAAUUGAGACAAAUGGUUCAUAUGAAGAAGCAGUAGCAGGGGCAAAAAAGACUGGCAUGAGUGUUCAGACUAAGCUUCCAGCUGGAAGUAAAGGAGUCCGAAUCCCCCGAAGUCUUGAUAUUUCUAAAUUUUGGACGGUUCUGGAAGAGUGUUUUCAACGAGCUGACAAAGUUAUUGCCAAUCUUUGA